UGGAGAUGUAUGUUUUCGGUUGGGAUGAAUGUGAUUUUAAUUGUUAUCGAUCGUAGAGAAACAGAAAUUUGAGAAAAUUCAUAUUAACUGCGCAAUGUCUUCGUGUCAAAUGAGAGGAACUAUGGUGAUUUCAAUCCUUAGGUUGAGGAGUUGAGGCUUAAUAAUUCAGGUUAAUGUGUCCUAUUGGAGGUGACAUAACUGGAAAUGUAUAAUCAAACUACCAAUAACCAAACAUCAAGCUCUGAUGACAGUGAUACUGAGAGGCGCAAUGUUGUGCUCCAGAAGAAAGCAGUGCCACGAUGCAAUACGUAUUUAUCUGAUGUUGGUGUUGGGGUUGUGCGCUCAGAAAGUGGCAGUGAGAAAGAAAGUGGAGCUAGCCGAGAUUCAGACAGCAGUAGUGGCUGCUAUACAUCACCUCUCAAGAGGAAAGGAAAACCUAAAUCAUCAGAUACUGAAUUAUCUUCUAAGAUUGUGAACAGAGACCCAGGUUGUUUUCUUCAACCAGACUCAUGUUCUAAACUAGCCUUGACAGGAAAAGUUAAAUUUUGGAAGUGUCGAGAAUGUUUCAAGAAUAUCUCUACCAAUCAGUAUUCCUGUCGAUUUUAUUCCUUUAGAACAACUCGCUGGAGUGAAAAACAUUACAUGUUUUCUGAGAGUUUUGCAAAACCAUCUGAUGCCACUGAGGAUGAUAAGAAAUUAUGGCUGCCCAAUGUAAACGAAACAACGAACCAGGACUCUCUUAAUUUUCAUGUUGCAAGAUUUAUUCUAUCUCUUGUAGGAGAUCAGUUUUGCAGCCUCUUGCGUCAGGAGGAAGCUGCUGUGAAGCUCAAUUUAGGAGAUGAUGAUUCUAUAUAUUGGAAGAAACCCAUGCAGGGAGUUCGUGAAAUGUGUGAUGUUUGCAAAACAACAUUAUUCAACUUCCAUUGGGCCUGUUAUAGAUGUGGCUUUGUUGUUUGUAUUGACUGCUAUAAAGCACGACAUAAAGAUGAUAAGAAGGCUUGGAUGCUGAAAGGAAGCGACCAUGAUGAAUGGAAAUGGCUGUAUUGCACAACUCGACAACCACAUGAAUUAGAUUCUUUAAUUAUGUGUCAAACUAUUGCUUCUAAUUGUCUUACCAGCCUUGGCGACUUAGUUCAUGAAAUAAAAUACCUCUACAAAAUGCCAAAAACCUGCGGAUGUGAAUGGACACCAAACCGAAUUAGUAGGUUUAAUGAGGAUCGUGUCAAUGAGUUGAUCAAAUCUGAUCCUAUAAAUGCCAUUAUUUGUCAUCUUGAGAAUGGCCCCAUUAUACCAAACAACAGUGAAGAUAAUGAAGCACGUGUUCUUCUAGAAUUGGACAAGCAAAAGCCACUUGAUGAUCUUACAAUAGAUUUCCCCUCUUCAACAAAUCAAGAGGAAUCAAGUAGUGAAUCAGAGGAUGAAGUUUGUACCAAGUCAGAACUUUUGGAUCUGUUAGUUCCAAAGGACACGAACAUUAAUUCUUUGAAUAGCAAUGGGUCUUUGGCAACCCAUGAAGACCGAACACCCAAUGGCAAAUUUGGCAGAAGUACUAGGUUUCCAAGUGGAACUGUGUUAGAAUCCACUCAACCAUCACCAUUGUUAUUAAAUCAAAUUAAGUCCUCACCUACAAAAAAGCUCAAGAUGGCUCUUUUGGAUGAUGUGCUUUCAAGAAUGCAACCUGAGACAUCAGAAAUUGUAAAACCCUGUAAACCAAUGCAGCAUUUUGUAAGACGUAGCCAGGGUUUUACACCAAUGAACCAAACUCAAUUUCUUCCUCGGGUAAUGACAAAGGCUCAAAGUGGUGAACUCUACCCUGAUGUGCCACAUGAUUGGCUUUGUAAUGGCAGGCUACUUAGACUGAUAAAUCCUAGCCACAGUGGGAAUUACAGAAUAUUCCAGGACCAAUGGAGGAGAGGCCAACCAGUCAUUGUAGGAAACAUGACAAGUCUUCUGAAUAUGAAUAUAUGGCAUCCAAAUUCAUUUUGUAAAGACUUUGGAGAGCAGAAGAAUGAUCUCAUCAAUUGUGCUACAGGACAUGUAUUGCCAGAUCGUCAUAUGAAAGAAUUUUGGGAAGGUUUUGAGAAUUUCUCUAAAAGAUUAAAAGAUGAGAAAGGAAAUCCAAUGCUCCUGAAACUAAAGGAUUGGCCCCCUGGUGAAGAUUUUGCUGAGCUACUUCCUAAACGUUUUGAAGAUCUGAUGCAAGCUUUACCUUUGGCUGAGUACACUAGAAGAACAGGUCGUUUUAAUCUAGCUUCAUACUUACCUGACUUCUUUGUACGUCCAGACCUGGGUCCAAAAAUGUACAAUGCUUAUGGAUCAGCACUAUUUCCCACCAAAGGGACAACCAACCUUCAUUUGGACAUUUCUGAUGCUGUAAAUUUUAUGGUGUAUGUUGGGAUUCCAUGUGAUGCUGAUUACCACCAGCAUAUUGAAGAAGCUUACAAUGCAAUCGAUGAAGCGGGCUGUGACGAAAUGACUCGACGCCGAGUUCGCCUUAAAGGAGAAAUGCCUGGCGCUCUCUGGCACAUAUAUCAUGCUUGUGAUGCUGAUAAAAUAAGAGAUCUUUUAAACAAAGUUGCUAUUGAAAGAGGUACUAAACUAGAACCGCACCAUGACCCAAUACACGACCAGAACUGGUAUUUAGACGCAGAACUUCGUGAUAGGCUCUAUGAAGAAUACGCUGUAACUGGCUAUGCUAUAGUGCAAUGUUUGGGUGAUGCUGUUUUUAUACCCGCUGGUGCCCCUCAUCAAGUGAGAAAUUUGCACAACUGUGUUAAGGUGGCGGAGGAUUUUGUUUCGCCAGAAAACGUGUCACAUUGCUUUUACCUUACUCAGGAAUUUAGAAAUCUCUCCGAUACUCACACAAAUCAUGAAGACAAAUUACAGAUUAAAAACAUAAUUUACCACACUAUUAAAAGUGCUGUGUCAACAUUAAUGAAUGAAGCUAUUAAGAAGUAGUACCAAAAAAUUCAAUUAACUAUCAUGAAGACUGAAACACAAUACAUUUUGUUUCUGAAAUUUGGUGAGAAGUUAGAAUUGUUCCCUAGAAAUCAGUUAUUCAGAUCAUAUUUGUAGCCUGUACUGUAGAUAACUUAGAUAAUGCUAUCAAGUGAAGUUUUACUUAAUUAACUGUACCUGUAUGCAUAGAUUGUUCUCUGAUUUUCCUGUACUCCUUCUAAAGUGAAAAAAGCAAUUUCUGUGAAAAGAAAUAUAUUCUUGAAGUUAUAUAUACACACUUAUUUUUAGCCAGUUUUUAUUGUGAGGGAAACUGAUCAGUUUGACUUAUGUUACUGAUGUAAGUAUAGACUUUAUUUAAUUAUUGGAAAGUAUUCUAAUCUACCUGAUGUAGUUAAUAACUUGUAUCAUUGUCACAAUUGUUCUAAAACUUAAAAUAUUAUCAAGAGCUUAGUUAGAUUUUGUUUUUUAUAUUAUAUAUAUACUAUUAUACCUCGUGAUUUAUCACAAAUAAAUUAUACAAUCAAAUGUAAA